CACGGUCGUCGUCUACGGCGCCGGCGGCAGUCCAGCGGCGGCGCACGGAGUCACGAUGCCGGUCGUCGUCGAGACGAGAUUGUGCCUGCAGUCAAGAUCGCAGGCGACAGUACAAGAAGACCUAACGCAACGUCUUGUGGUUAAAAAAAAAAGCCUACAAUGCUGUUUAAUUAGGGUUUAGUCCAUUCAGUCAUCCACCGAACCCUGCAACCCCAAGCGCCGCCGCUUCCCUCCUUUUUUGUCGCUGGGCCGGCGGGGGCACGCCGGCCAAAUAUUUUAAGCAAAAUCCGGCGGCCGGCGCCUCCUCUCACGCGGUUAUCUAUCCAAAGCUGAAGGUGCGAUGGCCGCCGCCGCCGCCGCCGCGAGCUACUCAUCUACUUCUUGGAGAGUCCGACCCGGCCUAACCCCAUUUCGCUCCCCUCUCCAGCCACACCCGCAGGGACGACUCCAGCGGAUAGCCAUCUUCGCCACCCGCAUCCGCAUCGCAACACCCUCGGCGGCGAUGCAGUCGUCCUCAACGCGGCACAGGCUUGAGGCAGUGAAUCAUGACCAUGAAACAAUACCUGAAAGGCUUGCAGUAGUCACUGGUGGAAACAGAGGGAUUGGCCUAGAAGUGUGCCGCCAGCUUGCCCUCCAAGGUGUGACAGUCAUUCUGACAGCAAGAGACGAGAAAAGGGGGAAAGAUGCUGUUGAGUCCCUUUGCCAUGAAUCUAACCUCUCCAACAUAAUCUUCCAUCAACUUGAUAUCCUAGAUGGUAACAGUCGUGCCUCAUUGGCCCGAUACAUCAACAGUAGAUUUGGAAAGCUUGACAUCUUGGUGAACAAUGCAGGUGUUGGAGGGGUUGCAGUAGACCAGGAUGGCCUGAGAGCUCUCAACAUUGAUCCCAGGGUUUGGCUAUCCGGCAAAGCAGUCAAUCUGAUCCAAUCAGUAAUUGUACAAACAUACGACGAGGCAGUAAAAUGCCUCAACACCAACUAUUAUGGAUUGAAAUGGAUAACAGAAGCUCUCCUGCCGCUACUGAAACAAUCGCCGUCAGGAGCAAGAAUUGUUAACACCACCUCUCUUCGGUCAGAGUUGAAGAGAAUUCCCAAUGAGAAGCUCCGCGACGAGCUGCGCAACAUCGACAUCUGGGACGAAGCACGGAUAGAAGCGAUGCUGAACGAGUUCUUGCUUGACCUGAAGAACGAACGGCUUGAGGAGGCAGGAUGGCCAACAAUGCUGCCGGCUUACAGCAUGUCCAAGACCGUCGUCAACCUCUACACCAGGAUCCUGGCCAAGAGGCACCCGGAGAUGCGCAUCAACUGCGUUCACCCUGGAUUUGUCAACACGGAGAUCAACUGGAAUACAGGGAUCAUCCCUCCUGAAGAAGGCGCGAGAGGUGCGGUCAAGGCAGCUCUGCUCCCUCAGGAUGGACCAACCGGUUGCUACUUUGAUCAAACAGAGUUGGGUGAAGCUUGGUAGUAAAAUAUAGCAUUAUAAAAUUAUUAAGCAUGUUUAAUAAUCAUCCUUCCAUGCUAGCUUAGCGAUCAGAGCUGUGUAAACAUAUACCACUACAUGAUUCAUGGAUGUUUCACAGACUAAAUUUGUUAUGCAAGGAUGCUUAAUAAUCAACCACUUUUGAAUCGUUUUGCAUGGA